AUGGCCGCCCCUGCCGAGCCCGGGCACUCACCCGGCUUCAAGAAGCCGCCGGCGCUGCUACGGCUGAAGCGCAAACGUCCCGGGCGGAGGAGCGACCCCGCUGCCGCGGAAGCCGCCGCUGCCCCGGCCCCGCGGGGCCCCUCCGCGGCCGCCCGCCGGCGGAACCCCUUCUCCCGGCUGGACAAUGCUCCGCAGCGGGCGGCGACCGCCCCUCAGCCUCCGGCAGCGGCCCCGGCGAGCGGGGAUCCAUCGGCAGCGCCCUUCUGGCAGUUUUUAGAGCAAGCCUGUGAAGAGAAGCCCCCCAGGAGAGCAGAGCCUGCUGAAAGUUCUGAUAUCCUCUCCCUAAGCCAGGACCUUCAUUCACCUCUUGCUGUCCCCAAAGCUCCCUCCUCACCACGACAUGAAUUCCCUGCAGACUGGAGCAUUAAAACACGAGUUCUCUUCAUGUCCUCCCAACCCUUCACGUGGGCAGAACACCUGAAAGCACAGGAGGAAGCUCAGGGCUUUGCUCAGCACUGCAGAGCUACCCAAACCACCUUGCCCCAGAGCGUGCAGGAGCCUCGGCUGUGCACGGAGCUGCGCUGUGCCUUCCAGCAGAGCCUGGUGUACUGGCUGCACCCCUCGCUGCCCUGGCUGCCGCUGUUCCCCCGCCUCGGGGCUGACAGGAGGAUGGCAGGGAAGCCUUGUCCUUGGGCACAGGACGAGGCCUUGCAGCAAGUGCUCAUGAGUGACUGGUCGGUGAGCUUCACCUCUCUGUACAACCUGCUGAGGGCUCGCCUGUGUCCGUAUUUCUACGUGUGCGCCGCGCAGUUCUCGGUGCUGUUCCGAGCCGCGGGGCUGGCGGGCAGCGCCGUCCCCACCGCCGCCAUCGCCCCCACCACGCGCGGCCUCCGCCAGGCCAUGAGGAGCGAGGGCAUAGAGUUCUCCUUACCUUUGCUGGAGGAAAGUAGAGCCAGGAAACAGAAAAACUCUGAGGAGAAUUUGGAAACAGAAACCACUGAUGGCCUCGGAGGGGGCAGCAGUGUGGAGGAUGUGGGGGAACCAGCUCCCAGUGAUGAUGAUGAUGAUGGAAGUUUCUCUUGGCUUGAGGAGAUGGGAGUCCAAGACAAGGUGGAGAAACCAGAUACUAUUUCUAUCCAACUGCGCAAGGAGAAGCACGAGGUGCAGGUGGAUCACAGACCCGAGUCGCUGGUGCUGGUGAGGGGCAGCAACACCUUCACGCUGCUCAAUUUCCUCAUCAGCUGCCGCAGCCUGGUGGCCGUGGCGGGGCCGCAGGCGGGGCUGCCCCCGACGCUGCUGGCCCCCGUGGCUUUCCGGGGUGGCACCAUGCAGACGCUCAAGGCUCGGACUGUGAGCGGCCGUGCCCGGGUGCAGGGGGGCUUUGAGGACGCUUUCAGCCUGGAGGUGCUGGGGCCGGUCCUGCCGCACUCCCUGCACGCCCUGACGCUGCUGCUGGGCCCGGCUCAGCGCGGCUCCUUCCGAGCCCUGCUCAGCCCCCACGAGCCCAGCGCCGCCUUCAACGCGGCCCCGCCCCAGGUGAGGACACAGCCCGGAGAGGAUGUGCAGCAGGACCUGCCUGCCUGUGGGCUGCAUCCCAAGACUUUGGAGCAGCUGAGUCAGAGCCCCACUCUGGGGAAAUCCUCCAUCCGCCUGCUGGAAAUGAAGGAUUUCUCCUACACCUGGAAGGCCUAGGAAUGCUGCUCAUGGAGCUGGCUGCUCCCUCCCACUUGCUGAGCUUGGGGCAGGGCAGGAGGGACACGAGGGUGGCACACACCCCACACAACUGCUGCACAUGAACACUUCCAAGGGCUUGGAAACAAAGGAGGGCAAAGGCCUUGGACAGCUUUUUUUAUUAUAGAAAGUGUUUUUUAAAUAAAACAUGGUUUUAUUA